AAUUAUUUUAUUCAUAUUAACAAUAUAAAUAACUUAAGCUUCUCUUCGAAUAUUCGGAGCCCAACUCCUCUCUCUUCACGCAUUUCUCGUUGUCAAAGACAAAGUUCUCUCCUUUUAUAAACACCCAUCUCCACCUCCUCUCUCUUAUUCAAACUUCUUUGAGAAAAUUCGAGCUAAGUGUUUUUAUAAUAUAUACAUUCUCUGAUAUGGGUUUCUCUAGAGCAAAACGUGUCACUGAUCCACUUGCAGAAGAGGUUAGGGCUCGUCUCGUUGGAUGCAGCUUUAGCAGCGGCAGCGAACAUACCGGCGACGGAAUUGAAGACUACGAAGACGACGACUCGCCUUGUCUCUCUGAUCUAGUACAAGGGUUCUUGGAAGAUGAAGUUGAUACAGUUGAUGAUGAGUCAUGCUGGUGUGAUCAAGAUUCUGGUUCCGACUCGGAUUCUGACUCGGAACUUGGCGAGCUCCCUGACUUUGCCGACGAUAUCGCCAAGCUUCUGAGGAACUCUCUCAGGGAAGAUUCAUACGGACGAACGGUGCUGGUACAUGUGGCGAGAGCGAUGGAAAUGUUGUCGUCUCUCGGAUCUCAGCCCGAACAGCGUGCCGUUUUCCAGCGUAAGGUCAUGUCUCUUCUUAGAGAACUCGGCCACAAUGCGGCCAUCUGCAAAACUAAAUGGAAAUCCUCCGGCGGACUCACCGCCGGUAACCAUGAGUUCAUCGACGUCGUGUAUACACCUUCCGCCUCGUCUCAGUCCGUCCGUUUCAUCGUCGAUUUAGAUUUCUCGUCGCGGUUUCAAAUCGCGAGGCCAACUUCACAGUACGCGCGUGUGCUUCAAUCGCUUCCGGCGGUUUUCGUCGGAAAGGGGGAUGAUCUGAAGCGGAUCUUGCGUCUCGUGUGUGACGCCGCGAGGAUUUCUCUUAGGAACCGCGGGCUGACGCUUCCGCCGUGGAGGAAGAAUCGUUAUAUGCAGACGCGGUGGCUUGGUCCUUACAAACGCACCACCAACUUAACGCCGUCAACUUCCGGUGUAGACACCGUCAUGUGUCGUGCCAUCGGUUUCGAUAAUGCCGUCGGAGGCCGUCUAUUUGUGCGAACACGAUAAAAACUAGACCAAAAAGACCACGUGUCAUUUUUAACUUGAUUUUUUCCAUAUACGUUCUAGAGAAUAAUAAUUCAUUAUUUACAUUUCUCAUUUGAAAUUAUUAAAAUAAAAAAAUCUGAUAACAAAAACAAACAAAUUAAAGCCAAGAAAAAUCCAGAUUUUACGAUGAAGAAAGAAUUCUACGCGGAAAAUGAACAUCGUCAAGAAAACACACAAGGUUC